GCGCCAGGCGUGCCGCACAGCGCUGCCCCGCAUCCCUCGCCUCGGCUGCCCGGGCUCGCCGCCGCCUCGCUAUUAUGUAUCAGAGCCCAGCCCGGUCCCUGUGCUCGGCCCUGUCCACUCUGUGCUGCGCCCCCGCCGCCGCCUCGUCCCUGCGGCUCCGUUCGCCGGCCGCGGCCAGGAGAGCGCGGUCCCCGCACCGCGCCCCCGCCUCGCCCGCCCGCGCCGCGCCCGCAGCGGGCCCCCGCGCCGUGCAUUCCAUGGGAAACAGUACAAGCAGGCUGUAUAGCGCUCUUGCUAAAACACUAAGCAGCAGCGCAGUCUCCCAGCAUCGGGAAUAUUUGGAACAGUCUGACGUGGAACAGCUGGAUCCCAUAGAUCCUAAGGAGCUGCUUGAAGAAUGCCAGGUGAUUCUUCAAAAGCGCCCUCCCCGUCUCCAGAGAAACUUUGUGGACCUGAGGACCGAUUCCAUCAGCAGCCAUCGUCCCAUUAGGGUCAUGCAGUGGAACAUUCUUGCGCAAGCUCUUGGGGAGGGCAAGGACAACUUCAUCCAGUGUCCCAUGGAAGCUCUCAAUUGGGAAGAGAGGAAAUGUCUCAUUCUGGAGGAAAUCCUUGCCUACAAACCAGAUAUCUUGUGCCUGCAGGAAGUGGACCACUACUUUGACACUUUCCAACCACUCCUCAGCCGAUUAGGUUACCAGUCUACUUUCUUCCCAAAACCCUGGUCCCCAUGCUUAGAUGUUGAACAUAACAAUGGCCCAGAUGGCUGCGCCUUGUUUUUCCUGAAAGACCGUUUUGAACUAAUCAAGAGUGUUAAUAUUCGGCUAACUGCAAUGAAGCUAAAAACCAACCAAGUGGCUAUAGCUCAAACGCUAAAAUGUAACGAAACUGAGAAGCUGUUCUGCAUUGCUGUCACUCACUUGAAAGCUCGAACUGGUUGGGAGAGAUUUCGAUCUGCACAAGGCUGUGAUCUUCUUCAGAACCUCAAAAAUAUUACCCAAGGAGCAGAGAUACCUUUAAUAAUCUGUGGAGAUUUCAAUGCUGAGCCCACUGAGGAAGUGUACAAGGAGUUCUCCAACUCCAGCCUCAACCUGAACAGUGCUUACAAACUCCUCAGUGCCGAUGGGCAGUCCGAACCGCCUUACACUACGUGGAAGAUCCGGCCCUCUGGAGAGUGCAGGCACACGCUGGAUUAUAUCUGGUAUUCCCAGCACGCCUUGAAUGUGAACUCAGCCCUUAGCUUGUUGACUGAAGAACAAAUUGGACCCAACAGGCUGCCAUCAUUCAACUACCCUUCAGACCACCUAUCUUUGGUGUGUGACUUCAGCUUUAAUCAAGACCUUGACAGGCUUUUAUAAUCGGCUUGAACGCAAUACAGCAUUGCAGUGUCUUAACUCACCAUUUUUUUUAAUUGUUUAUGCAUUUAGGAAUUAUUUAAGGACUGAGAAAUAUUGAUGAUUUACUGUAUCUUUCAAGUGUGUACUUGGAAGUUAACUUUUGCUAUUAAGACCUUUUUUUUAUAAUUUAAAGCCUCCAAGGGAGGAAAAAGGAGUUGACUACCAGUUUUUUAGUUGUGGAGUUCUUGUUUCUACUGUCUUCUGAGUUGGAAAAUUGGAGGGGAAAACUGAGCUCAUCUUCUUUUCAGUACAUUUUAUGUCUAAGGAUUUAUUGAUCCUGUAAUGAAUAUGCAGGUCUCUAGUACUUCAAGAAUUUAGAUUGUGUGUGUGUACAUAAAACUACUUGCCUGGAUAGUACACUGUUUAUUUAAUGUUAAGCUUGUGUGUGUACCAAAUGUAUAGUCAGGCCUUACCAGUAAGAGAUUUUGUUUUUUAACUUUUCAUAUUGCAGCGUAAAGCCUAAAUGUAGGAAACUUACUACGUUUCAGACCAACGAAUUUAAGGUAGCCCUAUAGCAUUUCUCAAAUCUUUUAGAUGAAGAAAUUAUUUUCAUUUUUUUUAAAGAAUUGGAACCAUGUCCCCAAAGCCAGCGUUAUGACGUGGCCUGUUCCAGUAAGAGUAGCUCAAGAAUAGAGGUAACUAGUGUAGUGGUCUUUUAAUUUUUCCACACAUGGGCUACUGGUGCAUCCCGAGUCUGGGGUGACACCAGAUUGCUGAUGGAGUAGGGGGAGGGGUCCCCCGCGGCCAAUUGCCAAGCAAAGAACCACCAGCAGCAAAAUCGGAAAUGCACUUCUGCUGGCACUUCCAGGGGGUGCACAUGCACUCCCUAUGCGUCACCAGUGUUUCCAGAUAAAGUCUGUGUUGGUCCUCACAUGGGGUACAUAUAGAGUAAUUGGCAUUUUGUACCUCCUUCCCUUUGGAGGACACCUUUUUCCAGGAGUAUUUUGCGUGUUUUACACUUCUGACCUGUUUAAAAUUAUAGUUAUUUAUUUUCAAAGCUUUACUAUAUUUAUAAAAGUCUGAUUAUCUGUGUUAAAAAAACUCUCUUGGUGUAGCACUAUAUCUAGAAAAUUGAUGCUGGGAUUUUCUUUUGGAAAAAAAAAAAAAAAAAAGACACUUAAUUUAUUGAGAGGGAUUAGUGGACCUACACUUGACUUGAAGUUCAGGGACAACAAGGCUUGGUAGAAGCCUUACAUCCUCAUUUUUUGGGGUAAGUGGAACUCUAGUAAGGCACUUAAGCUAUGGGUGGGCAAGUAAAAGUAUAAACUCUUGUCAGCCUUGCAAAUUGUGCAGAGCUGUUUUCCACUAAGUAGACCUCAUACUUGUGAGAUUAUGACUACUAUACUGAGCAGAGAAGGAAGCUGGGAAUGGUGGUAAGAGCAGGGAAUCUCAUUGAGUUGACUUUUGGAAAGAACACAUAUGGACAGAGGGCAAAAAUACCAAACGCAAGCAGUAUUUUAUUUAAAGCUAUUAAUCCAUUAUAAAUUGUAAAUGUUCCAGCUGCAUUAAUAAAUCGUCUCUUUUUUUUAAUAAAAGAAGAAUACAAUGUGGUAUCUUA